AUUUUUUUCCAUUUUUUUUCCUGCCUUUCCACUGAUUUCCUUUUUAUCGUUGUUGCUAGUUACUUUAUUGAUAUUAUUGCUGCAAUAAUGGUGGUGACUGUGACUAUGAUGAUGUGUUGCUGAUGGUGAUGAUUUAAAAAAAAAUGACUGCUGAUUUUUAAACCAGAUGAAAAUGGAGUUUUUCUGAAUGAUCCUAACUGACUCUGGGCUUUUAUAUAACCCCUUGGGGGGGAAAAAAACACAUUACACAAACCAGGUUUUUAAAACACGAUUUUUUUUUAAAAAAAAGAAAGAAAAGUGGAUUGAUCACAUGUAACUCUUUUUUUUUCCCCUCCCUCACUGAUCGCCUGGCUGCCAAGAACAGAACGUGAUAACCUCUCCAGAACUUACUUGAACAACUCAGGAAGUUCCUACGCUUUUUUUUUUAUUUUUUAUUUUUCAUUUUUAAAUAUUUUAUUUCUAUACGAUUUUUCAAUUGUUGCUGCACUGUUGUCUCUGGGGCUGGUCACACUCUCUAGCAGUGACAGCCUCUUCCCCGGUCAGAGGCCCCACUCCGCCCCUUCAUGCCCUCUCAGUUCCCAUCCUGGUCUUUUCCUCUGCACCGUCCCACCCCCCACCCCCCUUACAAGCGCCGUCAUGGAUGCCCAGUCUGGAGUUACAGAGGCAGCUACCAGCGGAGCCUUGCAUGGAGCAGGGGCAUACCCAUCUUGGCUGAUGCAGGUUAGCUUUUCUGCUGCGUGGGUGAACUAUGGCCAGCAACGUCACCAACAAGACAGAUCCCCGUUCCCUCAAUUCCCGCGUCUUCAUUGGAAACCUCAAUACCCUCGUGGUCAAGAAAUCCGACGUGGAAGCCAUCUUUUCCAAGUACGGCAAGAUUGUGGGUUGCUCCGUGCACAAGGGCUUUGCGUUUGUGCAGUAUGUGAACGAGCGCAACGCCCGCUCUGCAGUAGCGGGAGAGGAUGGCAGGAUGAUAGCAGGCCAGGUCCUUGAUAUUAAUCUGGCUGCGGAGCCGAAGUUGAACCGUGGUAAAGCUGGGGUGAAGAGAUCGGCCACAGAGAUGUACGGGUCAGUAGCCGCACCACCUUCUCCGUCCCCUCUAGUCAGGUCUUCAUUUGACCUUGAUUAUGACUUCCAGCGUGACUAUUACGACAGGAUGUACAGCUACCAAGCACGAGUGCCCCCUCCUCCCCCCAUUGCCAGGGCCGUGGUCCCUUCCAAACGCCAGCGGGUUUCUGGCAAUACCUCUCGCAGAGGGAAGAGCGGAUUCAACUCGAAGAGCGGGCAGCGGGGAUCGUCCUCCAAAUCUGGGAAAUUGAAAGGAGAUGACUUGCAAGCCAUUAAGAAGGAACUGACCCAGAUUAAGCAGAAAGUGGAUUCUCUGCUGGAAAGCCUUGAGAAGAUAGAGAAGGAUCAAAAACUGAAGAACGACAAGUCGGAAGAAGAGCAAAGCAGCAGCUCGACCAAGAAAGAAGAGAGCAAUGUGAAGAUGGAGUCCGAGGCCGGGGCAGAUGACUCGGCCGAGGAAGGGGACCUGCUGGACGACGACGACAACGAAGACCGGGGAGACGACCAGGUACGAAGCUGGAGAAGGCAGAGAGCCUCGAGUGAGGAUGGCGGCUCUCCCCGUUUGCUAACUCGGCUCUUCUGCCUGUCCCCUUCUCUCUCCCAGUUGGAGUCCAUCAAGGGCGACGAUAAGGAACCGGAAGAAGGAGAAGACGACAGAGACAGUGCCAAUGGCGAAGAUGACUCCUAAGAGCUUAACAUACCUCUCUCCCUUUCUGCUCCUUGGCCCACACGGCGUUCUUCUGAUUGAGCCCCUCU